AUGGCCACGCUGCCGAGAAAGGCGACGGCAGACCUGUCUAUGCCCUCGGGAAAGUCGCCGUCCGUGAGGGCUCACGAGCACUUCCUGGAGCCCAAGCCGCUCAGGCAGGCCCACAAGGAGGCCAACAGAAGGGAGAGGCUCAUCAAGACCACCAGGACCCUGAGCAUCCACCUCAGCUUCUUCGGGACGGGCAUGUACUACGCCCUGUUCGGGCCCACGGUUCAGGACCUGGCUGUGAGCCUGGACGCCGACCUAUUCCGCGUGCUCUUUCUACUCGCCGCCAGGGGCAUCGGAGGCUUCGUCGGCGCCCUUUUCGGUGGCGUAUUCCUGAAGCCGGUGAACCCGCAAGUACUCUUCGUCAUAUUCGACUUUUUCCUGGCAAUGGCGUGCAUCGGCCUGUCCUACUUCGAUACUCUCUUUCAAUACGUCUUCAUUUUCGCCAUCGGAGGCAUCGCACUGGGUGCCCUUAACAUCGUGGGGGUCCUCUGGAUGUCUGCAAUGUGGCGAGAGAACAGCGGUUUCCUACUGCAGACACUCAGCUUUAUGCACUGCAUGGGUUGUGUCCUCGGCCCAGUCGUCGGGGAGCCCUUCUUGACUCACCGCAGCGUCAUAGAGGCGCCGUCGGCAACCCCCAGCUAUCGUCUGACCUACUUGUCCCAGCUAGAAGACAAGGAUUUCAUCUACGUCACGUACGCGUACUGGGUCGUCGGCAUCUAUCUCUUUGCUGUCGUACUUUUGUUGCUGGCAGUUUUCUUCGUCGACCCGAGACACGAAAAUCUGGGGAUGAUGGAAACCCGUUGCAACCCCGUAAAGUUGAGCCCCAUCAUCGCGGUCCUGGUGGCCUACCUUGCCGUCUACGUGGCCAUGGAGAUCCUCUACAGCCAGCUGAUCGCGAGCUUGGCCCUCUUACUGGGUCACAACAAGACAACUGCCGCCUACCUGACGUCUUUGUUCUGGGCCACCUUCACCACCGUCCGCGGUGUCUGCAUCCUCUGGGUUCAGCAGCACGGCUCUCUCACGGUGCUCUUGAUCUGCAACGGGCUCCUGGUGCUCACGGCGUGCCUCAACUCGGGACUGGGCUACCAGACACGUGUCAUGUGGGUGGGCACGUCCCUGGUCGGUGCCUGCCUCGCUCCCGUGUUGCCCUCGACGCUGCUGUUGCUGCACGACCAAUCCGGGGUGUCCUCGGCAAGGUUCGCCGGCGUCCUCUUCGUGGUCGGCGCUAGCUCGGCCAUCAGUCCGCUCUGCGUCGGAGCCGUGAUGGAGCGGAACCCGAUGCUUUUUUACCACGGAUUCUUGGGGCUUGCGUUCAUUUCCUUGCUCUUGGUGGUGGGCGCAAACGUGCUCAUUCAUCGUUCUGAAGCCGUCAUCGGCGGUUACAUAUCUCUUCCCAUGGAAGAACGCCGGCGAUCGUAUUAG